AUGACGAGCUCUUUCCGAUGGUGGCUGCGGCUGGCCCUGGUCGUCACCGUGGCUGUCCACUCGUCGUCGCUGAGCGCCGCCGCGGACGGUCCCCCGCUGAGAGCGCAAGUCUUCCACUCGCCGCCGUUCACGCUGAGCCCAGGGUUGGUGGAGAAUAAAUACUACAGAGACAUCGCCUUCCCGCGAGGACACAUCGCCCUGAAGGACUUGAACGCUGAGGUGGUCGACGAGGCCGGGAAACCUGUCCCCCUCUACGAGACCUACAUGCACCAUUGGUUGCUGGUGAGGUACUACCAGCGAAAGCGCGGCGGCGACACCAGCGCCCCGCCCGAGCCUCUCGGUAACGGCGCCCCUUCUUCGAACGACCCUCCAGAGAUCAUUCUCGCCGGGAACUCCGGCAUCUGCGGGGGGGCUCUCCCGCAGACCUUCGGCCUCGGGUCGGAGACUCGCCGGACCGCCAACUGGAUCCCCGACCCGUAUGGGAUAGAGGUCGGGAACCCAGCGGAGGUCCCCGCCGGGUACGAGGAAAAGUGGAUGCUUAACGUCCACGCGAUCGACACAAGGGGCGCCGUCGACCGCCUGGGUUGCACCGAGUGCAGGUGCGAGCUCUACAACAUGACCGUCGACGGAAGCGGCCGGUCCCUGGUGAAGGACUACGUCGGAGGCUUGAUCUGCUGCCCUGAUAUGGCCCGCUGCCGCACCGGCGUAGGCUCCGGUGGCGCCCCGAGGAAGCUUUUCCUAAGGUACGAGGUGAAGUGGCUCGACUGGGCCGCCGGCAUCGUCCCGGCCAAGGUCUACAUCCUCGACGUCACUGAUGAUGGGAAGAGGGGAUCAAAUUCGUCGACGGACGACUCCACUAGCUGCCAGGUGGGUAAACCUCCGUCAUCCAUCCUGAAUACUCCGGUGAAUUUCCAUCCCUAAUGAUCCUCUCCACUCCGUCUCCCACUCCAGGUGGAGUACAACGUCGCGCCCUGCAGCCGAGAGACCCCAGCGGCCGGCGGCGCCUGCAUCGACAGCAAGAGGGCGGAUCUGGUUCUCCCUCGCGGAGGCGACAUCGUCUACGGCGUCGCUCACCAGCACAGGGGCGGAGUCGGCGCCGCCCUCUACGGCCAGGUGACCGACGUCAAAAGAUCGCCCGUACUGGUUUUCGCUGUGCCGUCGCCUGACUGUCUCUGCCGUCGACAUGCAUCCAGGACGGGCGGACGCUGUGCUCCUCGACGCCAAUCUACGGCCGAGGAAAGGAGGCGGGAGAUGAAGCCGGCUACAUCGUAGGAAUGACGACCUGUUAUCCCAGCCCAGGUUCGGUGAAGGUGACCGCUGGGGAGAGGGUGACUCUCAUCUCCAAUUACAACGCCACUGAACUGCACACGGGGGUCAUGGGUCUCUUCUACUUCCUACUUGCCGACUAGCCGGCGAGCGCCGUUCAGUCCACCGUGAGAAAGCCCUCCUCCCCCCUCCUCUCUCCCUAGACACAGUAACUCUUUCUGGCUGCUUGCACCUUACUUCGAGUUCUACCUACUACCGCUAUCGUCGUCUACCCUAAUCCUGUAUCAUGGUCCAACUAUUCGUGGGUCCUCCUCGUCAUAACCGUGGCCUCCGCCGUUGCCGCCCACUGUCUGGGAAGUAGAGCUAGGGGUCAACGCUACCGGUCCUGGUUAAUGUAG